AUGGAAACUAUCAACGAGCCAAGAAUUUUAUACAGAGAGUUCUUUCUAGAAACAGCUUUUCAGAGAGCUCACAACAGCUGGAAGCACCAGACAGCGCAAUUAGGCCCAAUGCAGUUUAAUUCAGAUUGGGAAGAAACCCUAAAUGACAUCGACGAGCUGAUACAGUCUGAGCUAGGAUGCUCACUGUCAGGCCUUUCUCCGUAUGAUGUAGCACAUCUUUCAAACAAGAUUGAAUCGCGAGAAAGUUAUACGCAAUUUAAGACCAAGACGAGCUCGAGCGACCCCUCGAAAUGGAAUCUCUCAGGUAAGUUUGUCACUUUAAAAGUCAUUAGCAAAUUUGUCAAACAGUACGUUCUGCCUCAUCGGCUGAAGAAAUCACCGCAUGCAAGUUUGUGGGAUUGCCGGUCAUAGGAAGGUGACUACUGUUUACUUCUCUGACUAGAACUGUUCGGGAAAAUUUUUUCGAUUUUCAACUUGAAAUAGUUUUAAUUUAGCCCAAAAAACUUUAUGAAUCUCCUUGAAAGUAAUUUCCAUCUCUUGAAGCCACUUGCUCACAAGUUUAUAUCAGCAAUAUGAAUACACCUUCAUCAUUCAUGAACGCAUGGAUGAGCCGUACGGUUCUGUUGUUCUUCUUUUCUAAAAGAAAUAAUAAAUAACCCAUCUGUAACGGCACGGUUGAAUUAACUGUUGCUGGAUAGUCCAACCAAUGUGAUCAGAAAUAACUUUUAUUGCUCAAUUUGACCGGGAACCACAUGCUGCAAAGAAUGAUCGAAAAACUGCAUUUGCUGCGUCUUUAGGUUUAUUAACUCACACAACAGAUGCACGUCACAUUUUCCGAUUGAAAGAUCACUGAUCACUCAUAUAAAAGGCGAAUGUCUAGUAAUGAUAAAGUUUUGUAGCAAAGGAAAAUUUCAAAUAAGUACAUGAGUUUAUUUGCAAUAAGGAAGUGUCGAGAAGAAGCAGACAAGAGUGGAUAGUAGGAAUCCACCGAGCGCCGAGGGCUUUUUCUAUUUAUGUUGUCGCUGUAGACGAGGUCACAAAUUUAGCGAGGCUGACGUCAAUGGAAGCCCAGACGCCUUUGAAUGAAGAGACUGGAUCAGAUUAGAUCGUAGGGUUUCCUUUCGGGAAGUAACUUAUCGCGAUAUCUUAAAUAAAUUUAUAUCACAAAAUUACGCAACAACGUGCAAGCGAUAGAAAUUUUCUAGGUAAAAGUAAAUUUUAGAAAGAGCUCGCACCAUUCGGUGAAAUGGAACUCCCUAAAUGAGAGUCAGAACCAUUGCUUUAACGGCGAGCAAAGCUUUUCGUAAGUGUCACAGACACAUUUGUUGAUCCUUCAAAGGCUUAGUCGAAUAAAAGUAUCCUUAGCUCGGCCGAAGACUUGCGCCCCUUCUCAUUCACAAAGAAUAGAUUUAUAUUAUCAGUCGAUAAAUCGGUCGGCUCUGUCAAAAUUCAAAAUCGAUAGCAACAGUUGCAACAGAUGCUUAACUGCUAAAACCCUCAUCUUGUUUUUGUUGAACCUGUUAAGAUAAGAGCUAUAUUUCUUUCCCCAACUACUCUACCUUACUCGAGAUCACUAAUUUCCAAGAGAAGAAGAGCUUGAAUCAACCCUUUCUUUUAUUAUAGGCAUGUAUAUACUUCAAAGGCAUCCUCACAAGUGUUUCGGUGUACUAAAUUUCUCUUCUGAUGUUCUCUUACUUAUAAGAAUAUCCUCAAGCUUCAUAAAUCCGAGUUGCCACAUUGAUCACGAAAGAUUCCUCUGUCACAAAGUGUGAAGCAACGAGCAAGACCAAUUGGAACUCUACAAUUUAGACACAACAAAAAAAGUUGUGACCACCAAGCUUAUGAUAAAUUUACACUAGUCAUAUUUUAAACUUUCUUCAUAAAAUAUUAUGCAAAGUCUCUUCACAAUAUAUGCAACAGAAAAUAGAGCUCGAAAUUUGAACUUAUUUGCCCUGUAUCUAAAGCACUAUACAGGUUACUUGCUUAACAGAAGAGCCAGCUCCAUUUCCAAUGAUCUAUCAAUUCAGUUGAGAGCCAUGCCUUUUGGGAAAACCUAAAAGGUUUUAGGAAAACCAUUUCUGUGAUUGAAAACCCUAUUGCCCACGACUCUAGCUUGACAUUAACAUCUGUUGACAUUGAUGAAAGUAGUUUGUGAUUUGACAUACUCAAUUUUUUUUGUUAACUUGUAAAUGUAUCCAUAUGUUUACAUUAACUUUAGUAUUCUUAAAUUGACUAAAUUGAUUUCCUUUUGCAAUCAAUUUCAAUAGAUCUUUUCACAUGAUAUGCAGUAACUUAUUUACUACGUUAACAUCACUAUUUUUUUUCUGCCUAAGUAAACGCUCUGAAUCAAACAGAGGAUCAAAUAAUAAGAUCAGACCCCAUAUUGAACUCUCCAUAACUCUCCUAGCUAAUUUGGAAGAGAAAAACAGUAUUAAUAUGAGGGAGAAUUCCAUCCCCAAAUCAGUCUUCAGCUAAACAUCAACUAUAGUUAACUAGUCACCAAUCUAUUAAAAACCUUUCAACUCUUUAAAAAUCCUCAGGCAAUAUGAAUAAGAUCGUUCAUGCUCCUCAGAAGUCCACUGCAGCCAAGGCUACUGGACAUGUGAACAACAACAAUGAGGACAUUGUGGAAGUGCAAAUUUUGGAUCUCAGGGAUGUUUAUGAAAAGAAAACUAAGAAAGGACCCAAAGGCCUGGAAUAUCGCCUUGAAAACCCAAAAGUAAUGGUAAAGGUGCACGCCGACCUGGAAAUUUCUGAAGUAUGUGCAUUUGUAAAGAGGUGCGCCAGAGCUGCCAUGAGAACCCACGACAAUAGAGGUAAGAUCAAUUUUAUGGCUAAUAUGUAAGAUUUUAAACAUCAUAUGUUCCUCGGCCACUCCACUAAGUAUAUACCCUUAUGCUGUUUACGAGAAAUGAUUACGUUUGCAUUUCCACAAAAGCCAUUGUAGAAGAUACAUGCAACGCUGAUUCAAUGACUUGGAGCAGCGGCUUUAAUAUGUUUGAAUACAAAGAACAAAAAUAGUGGAAGAGAAUGGACUGCUCUUAAGUUGAGUUUUGCGGAAAAAAUCAGUAACAUGAUUUAAUAGGGAUAGAUUAUGGUCUUUCCAAAUUAUUAUAAUGUUGUUUCAACCAAAGAAGAACUGUAACUCUUAUACUUAUUCCUCACUCGUUGAAAAAGUACAUCAAGACAAUAUCACUCGAUCUAUUGAUAAAUCCAUCAAUUUUUCAUCGACCGACAUUGCAACAUUGCACUAAACAUUGCUAAGGAUUCGUUCGCCUACGUGCGAAAUGUAUGCUCGUACUUCUUCGAUAUAUUGGCAAGGGUUUGCGGAAGCCUUAAGGCUUUUCAAAGAAUACAUUGUGUUCAUUAAUUUAAAGAUAAUUACUUGCUCGAGCAUGAUCACGCACUUAUUAAAAUAUUUCUGCAUGAUUAAUAAGAUAUGGUUGAAAGCAUGGAAAGUAAAGGUCAUGAGACGCAGAUUCUAGAAUGAUUAUUCACCAUGAAAUCAUAUUCAAAGCCGGAUAUUUAUUUUGUAAUUUUAGGAUGAUUGGCCGCGAAAAUUUGUAUUCGAUUUCUCGGCAGGGCUAGCUUUGGAAGACCUCUCAAAUGAAUAUGGUUUAUUGAUCUAAAGUAAGAAUCAUCAUAUUUUCUUGCAUUUUUUGGAAAUUGGAUCCGAAUAAGUAUUAUUUGAUGUGUAUUUCAUGAGAUGCAUAUAUUUUUCUGAGACUUGAAAAUUUUGUUUAGUUCUUUUGCCAUUCCAGCAAAAAUACUUUGUUCACUGAGCAUUACACCCUUGUUUAACUUCAAACGAAAAUCAGGUGCUGUUAAACUUACAGUCAGUGUUUUGGAAAAGGAGAAGAAGCGACAAGUCAUUUCUGUAGAUCUCGGUUCAGUCUACAAGAACCAAGAUGGAGACAAUUUUUAUUGGUUGGAGAAGGCAGAUGUCACUGAACGGAACAAAUGGGAAGUAACUCUUAAGAUAGAUUUAGUUUCUGGACUGACAGCAAGUGUGACAUCCCGACCAUUUCGAGUAACGACGAAAGUGAACUACAAGAGAAACAUCCAAGGUAACUGAACAAUUUGGCAUCCUCUACUGUCUAUAUAUCUCAUGAUUAGUGUUAAUCUAGUAAGUACUAUAUACCUGUUAGAGUCAGAAUGUGCAUGAUACUUUGAUACUACUGCAAGUUUUAUUCAUGACAAUUAGGGGCCCAAACUUAGGACAGGUGUUCUUCAAAGUAUAUCAGUUAGAGCUGUGAAGCAGUUAUUACUAUGAGAGAAAGCGUUACAAAAAUUUCAAUUUUAUUGUUGAUGUUCCUGACCCCAUUCUAUCGUAAAUUCAUAGACAAAAAUUCCAACAUGCUUUCUUACCAGUGGUGAUGCAUUUCAGUGAGCUCAAGAAAAACUAAUCGGUAUAUUUUCUCUUCAAUUGCCAGAUUAUUCCAGCGUGGGUAAAGUGCAAAACCUGAUUUGCAAUGUCAUGAGAUCAAACCAGACUUCGUCAGACAAUGAUCAUGUUAAUGAUGAUGUAUUCCUUGAAAGCAAUGAAAUGGAAAAGAGUAGGUUGAAGAGGAAAUUUUUUUCAAUUACCUAUGAGUAGAAAACCCGUUUUACUGAUAUUUCACAGUGAUCUUUUACUAAUAUACCAUACCUGAGAAGAAAACAACCACGAAGGAAAUUUUAAUUGACUUUUGUUGUAGCCAGGGAGGGAGGCCUUAGCCAAAGACACAGCAACUCCUGACUCCUUCAGUUUGAACUUGACAAUGCUUCGCUGGUCUCCUUUACUGCAUGAAGAAUGAUUUUCCUUGUAAACAUUCCCUAAAUUAACCAGCGUUUUGUCUUUUUCUCCUCGGUUGUAAUGUCUAUCUGUGACCUUCUAGAAAGAUGAAAAAGGUCCUAGAAGCUAAGGCCACUUGUUUGUAAUAGAUUGGCUUCAACCAUUUUUUUCCUUAUACUAGUGAUCUCUUUGCUAAGCGUAUCCAGGUGAUCGCGAUUUGCGGAAGCUACACUUUACUCUUUGGAUAAUGCAUUAUGAAAUAAUUGGGGAAGUUGAAGUGAAAUAUAAAUUUCUCCAUAAUACUGAGUCCGCAAUACCAUAAUUGGGAGGUUGAUUUAAGUAAUAACAUAGCUACCUGUAUAAAUCUCUCCGGUCCAUGCACUUUUUCAGAUCAUUUCAGGCAAAUGCAAGACACAAGAGCAAUGGCGGAUGAUAACGGCGAUAAUCUGUUGACUCACAAUCUAUUGUGUUUUAAACUCGAUGAAACAGAUGACUGGUGGUCGAUAGCUUCUUCGAACAAUGUGAAUGACUCAAGCUCAGUGCUAAGCCCUCUAGCACAUGAAAGAAUAAUUCUGCAACCAAACACAAUUCUACAGAGACCCACGGUAAGAAGUGAAAGGUAUCAAUAGGCAAUAGGGUUUCCUUACCAGAGAAGGCAACUUUAUGGCUCAAGAAAAAUUUUAUUUUCAAUUUCUAUAUUUAAUCAUUAUUUUUGGGAAAAUUUCGAACCAUUUGAACCAUGGUCUAACAGUUUGCAUGUUCGAAAUGUAGAGAAUAUUGAACGGUUCCAAGUGUAAGCCUUGAUUACAUUCAUUUAGCUUAAAAGUUCUAAGGACAAUAGUUGCAACAACACUUGUACCUUGAGUUACUUCUGAAUUAGAAAUAAAAACCUGGAAGGGAAACCUGGUGGUACCAGAGACACUUUUCACUUACGAAUCAAAAGUUUAUUUCUUGUUACCAAAAUUAUGUUAACAUACUGUUAAAUUAUGUUUAUUAUGUUAAUUGUUAACGCAAAAAUUCAUAGCUUAGACAUCGGUCAGGAAACAUUAAGAAAUCUUAAUAUGCUUCCGAAACCCUUCACCAAACUUGUUGAAUUUCGGUUGACAAUCUCUAUUUUGGUUACCUAUACCAGGGGACACCCUGCGAUGAUGGAAAACAAACUUUGGCCCCGAAGAUGUGUUUAUUUUAAAGUCGAUAUAUUGUGUCAUUUCGUGUUUAAGAAAGCCUCAUUUAAUUUUUGGUUUGUUUGUUUUUGUUUGUUUUGUUCUUCUGUGGGGAAGGGGAUAAUGCAAAAAGAUGCUUGACUGUUGAGUGUUUUCAAAGGCCGGAAAGCACUAAGGGUGUGUGUACUGACGGAAAACUAAAGAAAAAAUUUGAAAACUUAAGCUUUUUUUAAUUUUUUUAAAGAGCAUAAAAAUAAUUCUUAAAGUUUCAAUUGUUCAUUAGUUUGCAAAAGUUGAUGAUCGAAUGCGUUUGUUACAUUUUUAGCUUGCAUCAUAUUUCGGUCAGAAAUCAGAGAUCAGUUGCAUUGUGGAACAACCUGAGCUUAGUGGUUUGCUAAAGCUGGUGAGAAAGCGAACUACUGGAGAGAGUGCAACCACUAAACAAGAAAAGAAAACCAGGAGGAAGAAGUCUUUACUCGAUGCAAACUACGCAUGGGCUUGUGGAUACUGUUUUUUCGAACGUCGCAAGAAAUCAACAAUUAGGGCGCAUUUGAUCCAAGGAGUUUGUCAAAGAUCAAGAUUAUAUAGACAAAAGUCAAAGAAACGCCGUUCCUUUUCAGCAAGAGGGCGUCUUUUAAGUAAUGGCUUGGAAAAUUCUGACCUCGAAAAACACAAAGGGCGGUCAAAAUCAUGGUAA